UUAAAAAUUUGUUUGGUUGUCAGCUCAGUUUUAAUUAAGGUAUGGAUUCCAUGUGAAUUGAUAAGACCGUCUCCCUUGCUGAAAUUUGCAAAUUUUCCUAAAAAACAUGCAGAGUUGGCGAGAAAUCAGCAUUCCAGUGCCUUGGGGGCAUAUCAGUGGCAAGUGGUGGGGUUCAGAGGGUCGCAGACCGAUUUUAGCCCUUCAUGGAUGGCAGGACAACGCAGGAACCUUUGACAAGCUCGCACCACUCCUAGUCGCAGAAGGCCUCUCAAUCCUUGCGAUUGAUUUACCCGGCCACGGACAAUCAUCUCACCUGCCAAAGGGGCAGUUUUACUAUCUCUACUGGGACGGAAUCCUUCUCGUCAGAAGAAUCGUCCGACACUUCAAAUGGCCCACGGUCACUCUGCUGGGUCACUCGUUGGGAGGCGCGAUUUCUCUCAUGUACGCCGGCGCCUACCCUGACGGCGUAGACAAACUUGUGUCCAUCGACAUUGCAGGUCCAGUUACCAAACCUGAAAAGCGUACAGUGGCCGACACGGCCUUCAUCUGUGAUAAGUUCCUUGACUAUGAAAACCUGAAUGAGAAGAGAAUGCCAUCAUACUCGAGGGACGACGUAAUGGACCUGGUCAUGGACGCUUACAAAGGCUCGCUAACCAAAGAGAGCUGCGAAAUUCUCAUGCAAAGGGGCACAAAGGAGGCAGCCGUUCCAGGCGGUCUCAACUUCUGCAGAGAUGUCCGCUUGAAGAUUGCCGGCCUAGCUCCAUUUUCCAGAGAAUUAGUUAUUGAGUUUGCCAAGGCCAUUCGUUGCGAGAUCCUCAACAUUAAGGGAAAACCAGGCAUGGUGUUUGACAAUGAAAACUUUUACCAUGAGGUGAUCGAGGCUACUCGUGCUGGAGCAAAGCGGCUGGAGAGGCACGAGGUCGAGGGCACUCACCAUCUGCACCUCAAUGACCCUCAGCACAUGGCGCCUCUUGUCAUCAACUUUCUCUCCGAGUUCGAUCCUCAGGACAUACCCAUCUAAGCCUGCUGGCAGGUUUAGUUUCACAGCUGCUAACAAAUCGGCAGGUGCUGGAUUUAUGUCCGAUUGGUUGUCUAUUUUAUUAUUUUAAAGUUAAAAUUUGUUGAAUCUUAAAGCACGGACAAAUAUUUUUUAAGAAAAAAGCCACUUGAUGUAGAUUCCUAAACUUGGGUUUCAAGCUAGACCAAUGAAAGUUUUUAAAUGUUAUUUCUUCAAACUUAAGUAUUUAUUAUUUGCGUCUGCCAAAUAUUUAUAUAAGAGUUUCAAUUCCAAUUGUUGAAGCUAAUUUUAGUGGUAAACAUUAUUACUCCUAAAUUAUUAUUCUUCCGAAGCAACUGAAUGCAACAUAAAAAUACCUUAACAUUGCCAUAGAGCUUAAAUGCAGUGAAAUUGAAGUCUGUAAAAGUUUCCGUAACCAUGACAUUUUUCUGGAAAAUGUGAUUAAAAAUUCAGGCGGACAUUUCCUCUCACAAUUGAAGCUCAAAAUCUCAGAGCAGCUCUCAAGAGACUUCCAUCCAACCAAUGUAUUUAUUUUCCACUUGCCCCGCAAGCGGAUCAAAUAUAGUUGUGACCAAGAUUUAUUUAAAUAAACUGGCAGUUCAAUGCCACUCUUCGUGAAAUGCUCUUUGUCUGUCUGCAAGACUCACAUUGCAAAAGUCGAGGGAUUUGAGAUGCGGCAAGGCUCGCAAGACGGCCGCUCUGUACUUCUCAGGCAGACGGUUGCCAAAGAGGGUGAGGCCGUAGAGGUGAGGCAAAUCGCGCAACACUGCCAAUAAGCCAUGCAGGUCGGUCAGACGAUUGCCAUGCAGGUACAAAAGACGCAACCCUGGAA